UGGUUUUGUAGUUCGAACAAUGGUUUUGUUUGUGCGCAAUUCAUUUAUACCGUUAUGAUUUUGUAGCAGCUUGUGGUUGAUGGAGAAGAAAGAAUGUCUGAAAAAUUAAAAGAAAUUUUGCAUAGUUUUGCCUUGGAUGAACUGCUGGAAGAACUUACUGCGGCUGGCAUUGAAUUUCGCCAUUUACCUUAUUUGAGCGAAGGAGAUAUCGCCGACGCUGUAAGAAAAGUGGGAAUAAGAGCCGAAUUCCGCGAAAAGCUUUUUGAUUGGCGAAAUAAGCAGACCUAUGAUGCUGACGGGCUGCACAGCAAUGUUGACCAAUGUGAAUUCCAUUAUGUGUCUUUAAAGAGGAUACUAAAAGACUGUUCUGCUGGUAGAACCAUUCAUGAUUACUAUGAGUGCAACGGACAUUUAAAUAAUAGCCAACGCGAUCGGAUUAUAAACGCUGUUGUGGAACACGUUGUUGCAAAUAAUAUAAAAUUAAGGCCCGUCAACUUCGAGCAAUUUUUAAAAGACAUACAAAUGUUGUUUCCUGAAGAAAAAUGUUCUUUGGAAUAUUAUUACAUUCCGCGUAAAGGGAAAAGACCGCCUGCUGGAAAAUUAUUUUCAAAAUAUAUAAAUAUUACCGCAAAGGAAAGAAAAAAAAAAGGAACAACUAAACAUAGGUGCGAUAAUUUGGAUACCUCAAUUCCUGAUCUAGCAACUGAGUUUGAUGAAUCGAUUGAAGCUAGUAUAAAAGAGGAGCUACGAAGGGAAUCAUCGGAUUGGGAAGUGGUUCUAGACAGAUGGGACAGAUCUUAUAACAUUCGACAACGCGAUUUAACACUUCUGAGUAAUUACGAUUUUAUUAAGGAGUGGCCAAAGUUAAAAGACGCCAGAGGUCCCCAACUGAUAAACUCCGACUUCAAGCGGUUGCAUCCUAACAAAGAACAUUUAUUAAAAACUAAAUGGAGUGCUUUUAAACAGAAUAUUCGAGAAUAUUACUACUUAAAUAUUGCCAACGCCGCCUGCAAAUCCCUUUUAAAAGACUUAAGUGGUGUGAAACAAAUAGAUGCUGAAGAUUGUGUGCUAACAACGCUAAUACAUUCAAUUUUACCUCCAACCGCAAGAUUCCAUAACACGUCAGGAGCAUCAAAAGCAAAAGCUACAAUAUUGGACGCGCAAGAGUUCUUUAUUAUCAAAGUAGAAACUAUAGGCAAUGUUUAUGAAGAAAUUCAAAAGUAUGUUGACAAAUGUUAUAUGAAUUCAUUUACAGUUCAACCUUUUAUAAUAAUGGAGGGAACAUAUUUAUCACCUAAAGCCUUUUUUGCUUAUAUUGAUAAAAUCAUUUACAAGUUUGACUCUUUUAUUGAAUGUCUGGAUUGUACUUUUAAAAUAUUUCAAGUUUUAAAUCUAAAGUAUCCCGCA